AUAUUAGAUGGUCAAUGGUUUUCGAUAUUUCGGUUGUAUGGUUACUUUAAUUUAUUGACAAAAAUGUAACACUUCUAUUUUAAAUUGACUAUGUUUUUACAACCGGAAUGAUAUCUGUUUUAUCCAUGUUAAGUUAUUUAUGUAAAUAUUAAAGGUGUUUUUAUUCAAGUAAAAACCUAUUGACACGAAAAGCGAAAAUGUCUUCGAAGAGUGAAUUAAAAAAAUUGUCUGAAGAAAGUUUAACCAGGCAACCUGAAGAAGUAUUUGAUAUAAUAUGCAAAUUAGGAGAAGGAUCUUAUGGAUCAGUUUAUAAAGCAUUGCAUAAAGAAAGUGGACAGGUGCUUGCCAUUAAACAAGUACCUGUUGAUACAGAUUUACAAGAAAUUAUAAAAGAAAUUUCUAUUAUGCAACAAUGUGAUUCUCCAUAUGUUGUUAAAUAUUAUGGAAGCUACUUUAAAAAUACUGAUUUAUGGAUCGUAAUGGAAUAUUGUGGAGCUGGAUCUGUUAGUGAUAUUAUGAGGUUAAGAAAAAAAACUUUACAAGAAGAUGAAAUAGCAACAAUUCUCAGUGAUACUUUAAAAGGUUUGGAAUAUCUUCAUUUGAGAAGGAAAAUACAUAGAGAUAUUAAAGCAGGAAAUAUUUUACUCAAUAAUGAAGGACAUGCAAAAUUAGCUGAUUUUGGAGUAGCAGGACAGUUAACUGAUACAAUGGCAAAACGUAAUACAGUUAUAGGAACUCCAUUUUGGAUGGCUCCAGAAGUAAUACAAGAAAUUGGAUAUGACUGUGUGGCAGAUAUAUGGUCUCUUGGUAUAACUGCUUUAGAAAUGGCAGAAGGAAAGCCACCUUAUGGUGAUAUACAUCCAAUGAGAGCAAUAUUUAUGAUUCCAACUAAACCACCACCUAGCUUUAGAGAACCUGAUCAAUGGAGUCCUGAAUUUAUAGAUUUUGUCAGUGGGUGCCUUGUUAAAAAUCCAGAAGAAAGAGCUACAGCAACUGAGCUGUUGAAUCAUGAAUUCAUAGGUAAUGCCAAGCAACCAAGUAUUCUUAGUCAAAUGAUUGCAGAAGCUCAUGAAAUACGAGAAAAACAAAGUGCACAUCGUGCCCAUGUUAUAAAUAAUGUGGCAAUCAAAAAUCAAAAUCAAACAGAAGAUUCGGACGAAGAAGAUUGUAGUGGAACAAUGAAACCACUGCCAGAAGACACGGGAACUUUAGUACCAAGUCAUGAUCUUCCAGAUACGGGUACACUUGUUUCUGCAAUGUUAGAUUUGGGAACAAUGGUUAUUAAUAGUGACACUGAUACCGAAGCAACUAUGAAACGGCAUAAUACAGGGUCAGUAGAGUCCGGAAAAAAAUACCGGCCAUUAUUUUUAGAUCAUUUUGAUAAAAAAGAAGCACCUGAAAUAGGAAAGGGUAAUGGACAAAUACUUGGAGUACACAAUCAAGAUAAUGAAAAUAAACUAGAAUUACGAAGCCCCACGGAAUCGCAGAGGUUUCAAAGUCACUUACAAUUACAGCUUAAUCAAAUUUCUCAUCCUAUACAAGAACAGCCUCAUAAUAACAUAUCCAAAUUCCAAAAUGUUUUUACAGAACGUGAUUUCGACUUCAUAAACAACCAUAUCCUGCAGCUGAAGUUUCUCUCAUACGAGGAAUUACAGCAACGAAUGGCUAAUUUGGAUGCAGAAAUGGAGAGAGAAAUAGAUGAGUUGAGAAGAAGGUACCAAACGAAGAGACAACCGAUUCUUGACGCUAUGGAUACCAAACGAAAACGUCAGCAGAACUUCUAACAGUUCAAUUAUUUUUUUUUAUGCAAAUAAGUGUGAUGAUGAUAGAUAAAGGGUGUACAGUUGUAUAAAUGAAUAGAUUUUAUCUCGUUCUUAAUUUCAUCAAAGAGAAGAGCAUUGUUUAUUGAUGAAGUGUCUAUCUUAAAAAAAAAUGAGUUAUAUAAUAACAGUUAAAAGUAUUUUCUUUCAAAACAAUGUUCUGUCUCUCUU